AUUGACAAUAAUCCCUACUAAUAGUGCAAACCAGUGCUUGCAGCUGCUACUGUAGAAACUGUUUCUGCAACCAUUAUUCACUCCUUAAGAAAGAAAUGAGCUGGUCAGGAGGAGAUUGGAUGUGCGGUGCCUGCCAGCACAUGAAUUUCAGGAGGAGGGAUGCAUGCCGAAAUUGUGGAUACCCUAAGCAUGGAGGCCCUGACCCAUCAACGUAUGGAUAUAACAGGACAGAAGUGUUGGCAGGCGACUGGUAUUGCAACUGUAGUGCUCACAACUACGCCAGCCGAUCAAGCUGCUUCAAGUGCGGUGCAGAUAAAAGUGAUUACGCUGGCAUGGCAGGCUCUGGAAUUUAUGAAUCCGAUGGGGGUGUCCCACCUGGAUGGAAACCUGGUGACUGGAUUUGCAACAGAAUGGGAUGUGGAGUGCACAAUUAUGCUAACCGAACGGAGUGCUUCAGUUGCAAAGCAAGAAAGGAUUAAUUUGGGAGGUGCAAUUUGAUGAUCAAGACUUUUAGAAGGUUCUUGUGAGACGUCACUAAUUUCUCUCUCAUCUGACUCCUGAUCAACAGACAACAGGCCUUUUUUUUUUUUCCAUUUUUUUUCCUUUUUCCAUUUGCUUCUCAAGAUAAUUAAGCCCUCUAGAUAAGCAUAGCCGUGUCUUCGCAUCAGGAAGGGUUUCUAGCUAUUGUGUUGGUGCAAGAUGUUCUUACAUGAAGCUAAAGAAAUCCGGCCCUACUCCUUUUUCAUUUUUCUUCUUGAUUAAUGGAGGCACUAUGUUUGAAUACA